UAAGAUGGACAUGAAGGAAAUGGUUAUUGAAGUGAAUGGACUUCCAGACAACUACUCCAGUAAUGAAAUGAUCGACAAAUUAACCAUGCACUUUCUGAGGCCCAGUAACAAAGGUGGAGAGGUUUUAAUAGUGAUUUAUCCCACCUCCAACAAAGGCCAGGCUUAUGUUGUUUUUGAAGAAGAAGAAGUACCUGGGGUCUUGAAACAUAAUCAUGUUUUGGAACUGGAUAGUCAGUUUUACCCACUGGAUGUUAAAAAGAUGCAUCAGCCUAAGUUGGACAUCCCAGCUGAAGCAUUCCUCAAUGUGAAGAUGUUCUCCAGUCAGAGAAAGAUCCGAGACAUUCUUCAUAGCCACGGCUUUCAGGUGUCAGAGACCAGCUCGGGAGAGCUGCAUUUGCAAGGAACCUUUCUUAACUUAAAACGCAUCCAUCCCAAACUCAUGCGUCUUCUGGCUCAAGAAAUCCACCCUCAAAGAAGAACACCAUCGCAAUACUCUAAUGGCUUCUCGUCCGACUCUGUCUUAAGAGCUAGCUCCAGUGACUAUGACCAUAGAUCUUAUUCCACAUCGAGACACAGUCACAGCAAUGGCCACUCAGUGUAUGCUGCGGGCAGAAACACAUCUUCUGGAAUAAACUCAAGAUCCCCAGAGUCCCCAGACAGACAGGCACUCGUGCAGGCUUUCUCUCCACUGGAUGUGAGUUCAAGUGCAGAAAGUUCCUUCAGCAGUCCCACCAGGAGCUCUGAGGAUUCAAGCAUGAGCGUUCGGCAGCGGAAUCUCCCAUCUCCAAAACGGAAAACUGAGGAUUACUUACAUGUGGAUCCAGAUGUGUUUAAAUACGUAAUGCGCUUUAAGGACUCGUUUAUUGAAAAAAUAGAAUCAGAUUACCACACUAAGAUUGAUCAUGAAGAUGAUUCAGGGGUUGUUAAGGUGAAAGUCUCGGGAGGAGCCUGUGAGAAAGCAGCUAAAAAAAUUUCUGAAUUCAUGCAAGAUAUGAGCUUAUCUCUAUGUACGCAUGAAAUAGACCUAACAGAACUUGACUCCAGUCAGAAGAAACACAUUUUCCAGAAAGCAAUCUCAUUCCAAAAGAUCUACAGUGUUUUAAUUAGGCACGAAAGUGACAUUAUUAAAGUGGUGGGGUCCUCUAAAGACAGUUAUGAAGCGAAGGAAAAGCUUCUUGGACGUGAGGUUGAUCAUGCUCUACCAGGAAACUUUACAAAGAACAUUCAGCGACGCAGCAGGUCUUUACCAAGACCAAAAACAAAGGCCAGAGAGGAGAACACAGACUUAGGACAAAGUCCUGAUGCUGUGUACACUACUACUGUUAGUAGCUCCUCUGCCUCACAUUACCGAACGGAAUCUCAAUUGCAGCAAGAAGUACAACAGGAAAGAGGUCGCAAGCCCACUAAAUCCUCUACACCACGGGGCAGGGCACACAGGGCCUCUCGGUUACAACACAAAAGUCAAAGCAGAGUAAACCAAGAAGCAUCAAGUUCUCACCAGCAGGAUUUGACACCCUCUGAUGAAGUUCAGACAUCUAAACAAAAAACCCCUAAAAUAAGAUCUCCUCUUUUUUCUGGUUCUGUUGAUAAACUCAUAAAAAUUACAAAGACACGGUUUAAGAAAUGACUGAAUCCAAUGCAUCAGUACUCUAUCUUAUGGCACAGACUGAUCACAUUAAGUUAUCA